UCUUAUUUUUAUCGGCUCAUAAAUAUCGUAUAUAAAUAUACAUACUCGUUACUUGUAUGACAUUUCAUGCGAACUAUACGAUAAAGACAAGACAAUGAUAGUACUAAUAUUGUACAUAAUUUUAUUGUUAAUUGUGACAGUUUGUGAAAAUGACGCAGCAAGAAUAUUGGCAGUGUAUCCGUCGCCAUCUAUCAGUCAUCAAAUAGUGUUUCGACCUUUGACUCUCGAACUGAUCAAAAGAGGCCAUAGUGUGGUAGUUUUGACUACGGAUCCGAUAUAUCAUAAAAGCGAAACACCUGUCAAUCUUACGGAAAUCGAUGUCCAUGAUGUUUCUUAUGAUAUUUAUCGUAAAGAAAUGCGUUCGUCAAACAUUAUACAAGGAAGAAGUAAUGACAUCGUUCCACAAUUGAGGGCUAUAUAUGCAACGAGGUUGAAUUUAAUUGAAAAACAACUGGAAAAUAAAGAAGUAAAACAAAUAUUAAGUGGCAAAAAGAAGUUUGAUCUUCUGAUUCACGAAGCAUUGUGUACAUCGGCUUUAAUAUUUUCCCAUGUACUAAAAGUACCUGUGAUUCAAAUAAGCUCACUCGGAAUUAUUCCCGACGUCCCUAAUAUUGUCGGGCUACCAGUUCACCCGUUGUUGUAUCCUUAUCCGGUCCAACAGAAAAUUUACAAUAUGACAAUUUGGGACAAAUUGAAGCAAUUAUAUAUUUCUUAUGAAUUACAAAAAAUAGCACUAAACUAUGAAACUGACUCUGACGCUAUACUGCAAAGAGUAAUUGGUGCAAAAGUACCAAAACUGAGUGAGUUAAAGAAAAAUGUUGAGUUAGUGUUUUUAAACGUUCAUACGUUUUGGGAAAUGAAUCGUCCAGUGCCACCAAAUAUUAUAUAUUUGGGAGGUUUACAUCAGAAACCUGAAAGAGAAUUGCCUGAAGAUAUCAGAUCAUACCUCGAAUCCUCUACACACGGAGUAAUUUAUGUGAGUUUUGGUACUAACGUCGAUCCGACUUUGCUGCCUCCGUAUAAAAUUCAGACAUUAAUAAACGUCUUCUCCAAACUACCAUAUGAUAUAUUAUGGAAAUGGAGCAAGGACGAAUUGCCCGGGCGCAGUGAAAAUAUCAAAAUCACAAAGUGGUUGCCACAAGCUGACUUUCUGAGGCAUCCUAAAAUCAAGAUAUUUAUCACUCAAGGAGGUUUGCAGUCAACCGAUGAAGCUAUCACAGGCGGAGUUCCUUUGAUCGGUAUACCUAUGUUCGCAGAUCAGUGGUAUAAUGUAGAACAGUAUGUACACCAUGGUAUUGGUGUGCGAGUAGAUAUGGAGACUAUUGAUGAAGAGAAAUUCAGAAACGCUAUCAAUGAAAUACUAAAUAACGACAGUUAUCGGCGAAACAUCGUACGCAUGAAGAGAAUAAUUGACGACCAGCCUCAAACUCCAUUAGAACGAGCCGUAUUUUGGACGGAGUAUGUGCUACGACAUGGUGGAGCUAAACACCUCCGCUCACCUGCUGCAAACAUGUCCUGGACAGAAUACCUAGAGUUAGAACUGGUGUUCUACUUACUAAUAUCAUUUUUGACUCUAUUAUCGGUUAUAAUUUUUAUGAAAUAUAAAUUAGUAAAAUCGUUAAAGUUCGGCAGCAAAUUAAAGUAUAGUUAAUUAAUUAGUCAAAAUAUUUAACUUUAAGUAACUCCGAGAUACCUGUAAUAAAACCUGUUAAUGUAUA